CAGGUACACUUCGUCAUAGCACACGUAGCAGCCAAGGAUCGAACCGCUGACCUCGCGGUUACCGGACAACCCUCGCUACCCCAUGAGCCAUGGUCGCCCCUAAUAAUAAACUCUUUAUUGUUACAGAUUAAGAGAAUACAACAGUGGUGUAACAGUGAACUGUGUCCUCCACCAGAGGGCGCUGUUAUCAUGUCUCCCUCCGCCCCGCUCUCAUUGGUCGUCCUCCUCCUGAGUCUGUGCUCCUCUGAGCCCGUUGGUCCGUCGGUGGAGGAUCUGACCAAUAGGAACGCAGACUUUGCCACCCGACUGUACCGAGCCGUCUCCAGCCGGACCGACGAAAACGUCUUCCUGUCUACGUUCACGCUGUCCGCCGGGCUGCUGGCACUGGUGAGCGCCUCCAACGGGACGACCCGGGACCAGCUGCUGCAGGGACUCGGCCUGACUGGACUGGACCCGCAGACCCUCCCAGACCUGUUUCAGAGUCUGAGGACCACCGUCCAACAGGAGAACCUGAAGCAGGGCGUGGCCAUCCUCCCGGCUCAAGGCUUUCCAGUGUCGUCUUCCUACCAGGACCUGGUUCAGACUAAGUUUGGGGGGAACGCUCAGAGUCUGGUCUACACGGUGCCGCAGGAAGCCACUGACACCAUCAACCGCUGGACCCAGGAGCAGACGGGAGACCAGGUCCUGGAGCUGGAGACAAACCUGGACCCAAACACACAGCUGCUGCUGGCCACCAGCGCCUUCUUUAAAGGUACGCGUCUAACGCUGUGUUCAUAACUAACACAAGUUUAUUACAGAUGUAUGAACACUAAAUAAACAUGUUUAUUACAGAUGUAUGAACACUAAAUAAAUAAUAAUAAUAAUAAUACAUU